ACAGCUACACGGAACAGCCGGGGAGAGGGGCUGCAGCAGGACGGCUUCUCCUUCAUUAAUUUAAUAACGGUGAAUGGGAAAGCCUGUAUGAAAGUCUCUGUGGCCUAGCAGAGUCCGGAAGAGAGGAGGUGUGUGGGUGUUUCAUUGUGAGGAGGACGGAGGCAGGGAACCAGCUUGUCGGGGACCAUGGCAGCGGUGUCCGUCGCGGAGGCUGAUCCGGCGACCAGUGAAGGCGGAGUGGCUUUCACUGGCGUCCAGAGCCGGGGCUGGGAUGAGUCUCAGCUCCGAAAAUACUCUUUCCAAACCAAGCCCAUCCCCAGACUGUCUCAUGCAGACCCCAGAGCAGAGAUCCUAAUAAACAACGAGGAGCCAGUGGUUUUAACAGACACAAACCUUGUCUAUCCAGCACUCAAAUGGGACAUUGACUAUCUCCAGGAGAACAUUGGAAAUGGAGACUUCUCUGUUUACACUGCACACAACCAUAAAUUCCUCUACUAUGAUGAGAAAAAAAUGGCUAACUUUAAGAACUUUGUCCCCAAGUCAGAACGGAUGGAAAUGAAAUUCUCUGAAUUUGUAGAAAAAAUGCACAAAACGGAGGAAAUGGGAGGAGAGGAGAGGGUUUAUCUGCAGCAGACCCUGAAUGACACAGUCGGGAAGAAGAUAGUUGUUGACUUCCUCGGUUUCAACUGGAACUGGAUCAACAAGCAGCAAGCCAAGAGAAACUGGGGACAGCUGACAUCAAACCUGUUGCUCAUAGGCAUGGAGGGCAAUGUGACACCAGCGCAUUACGAUGAGCAGCAGAACUUCUUCGCACAGAUCAAAGGCCAGAAGAGAUGCAUCCUCUUCCCUCCAGACCAGUUUGAGUGUCUCUACCCGUACCCUGUGCACCACCCCUGUGACCGGCAGAGCCAAGUUGAUUUUGAUAAGCCCGAUUUUGAGAGGUUUCCAAAUUUUACAAAUGUUGUUGGCUAUGAGACUAUUGUGGGCCCCGGAGAUGUGCUCUACAUCCCGAUGUAUUGGUGGCAUCAUAUUGAAUCCCUGUUGAACGGUGGAGUGACGAUCACUGUAAACUUCUGGUACAAAGGGGCCUCCACACCAAAGAGGAUAGAGUACCCGCUGCGAGCUCAUCAGAAGGUGGCCAUCAUGAGAAAUAUUGAGAAAAUGCUGGGAGAAGCACUUGGAGACACACAAGAGGUCGGACCUUUACUGAAAACGAUGAUCAACGGGCGAUAUGACCAGGAUCACAGUUAGAGACACUCUGCUUUGGAAAGCAGCUUUGGUUUGCUGUGUGGAAGUCUGACUUUGGAGCUCCAUAUCAUUGCACGGCAAUGCUUCAGUGGUCUCCCAGUGCCAUCUGACUACUUUAAGGAGAAUGUGCCCUUCUUGAAGACGUUUUUUGUCCUUAAAUAGCAGGCCUAAUUUGGCUUAAGUCUAGACAUAUUCAUGUGAAACAGUGUUUUCACAACAUUCUCAUAAUUCACGUUUUUCAACCAGUUGAUAAGUUGUGUGCGUUUGGUACCUUUUAAACAACCUCUUUACUUUAAAUACUUGUGGAUGAGUCGUGGAAUAUAAUAGUGAAUGCAAACUUAAAUGCAGUACAUUUCUUAUACAAAUGUAAUAACUCAGUUGUGGGUAAACUUACAAAGUGUGGAGUGAUCAUAUUGUAUUCUCCAUCUUUAUCACAGCUUUAAAACAGAUUUGCUUCAGAAAGAUCACAGUUCUUUUAAGUGUUUAAAACAUAUUUAUCCACGCAUCUCCACGCCUUACUACAUGCUUUUUGGGAAGGGAUCUGCAAGACUUUUCAGUUUCAGUGAAGACAGCAUAGGCACGGUAAUAAAAACACAUGAGGACAGUGAUAAGACCUAAGAUUUUUAUUGUCAUAACUACACUGUAGCAUGACAAUAAAAGCCUUGAAACACUGGGAUGAGUAUGAUCAAAAAAUAUGUGUGGGAAAGAAUAUGUGACUGCUUGCAGCUAAAAUGUUAAAGCCGAGCAAUGCUGCUUUAUGUGAAUUUAUGUUCUUGCUUGUUUGAUUUAUUUGACUUUAUGAAUGUGUUUUUCCAAGUACCAGUAAUAGGUGAGGGAACACUGAAAAAUAAGACACAUUGCAAUUUUUGUUGCAAAUACAGUUAACUUAUAUUUGCAAGAAAACAUUGCCUGCAAUUGCUUUUUUUGUAUUUUAUUUAAGUUUAAAAUGGUAUAAGUGGUUAACCUGAACAGCUUACAAUUUUGAUUAAUGUCUCAUAUCAAAAGACUGAAGUAGCAAUGCCCUCUGCUGGGAUGUAGCUUACUGUAUGUAUCAGCCAUUGCAUUGCAACAUUAAAUGCCAUCUAGUGGUGAAGUUGUCUAGUUACCUGGUCCAUGCACUAUAGUGCUGCAUUUCAAAUAUUCACUGUGCUCUAUUAAAUGCAGAGGGAUCUGAGACGAAAUCUCCUUGUGAUAUGUUCAAAAGUUUGAUUCCACUUGAAAACCUGUACUUGCUCUUUUGAUUUCUGUCGGUUUACAAUCCUUGGAAAUGCACGUAUUUUUUGCUUACAUGCAACAUUACUUAAAAUACUUUAAAGUAAAAGCAACGGGGAAUGAUGGCUAUUUUAUUUUCAGGUUAAAAGUGCACUUCAGAAAUGUUUAAAGAAUGUGCAUUUAAAAAAAAAAGGGGACAAUAAUUUCACGUGUUGUGCUGAUUGUGCCAAACCAACAAACAAACCAGGAGACAGCCUCUCCAGAACUUUUUGUCCUCCUGACACUGAAGUGAACUAUAAAAACCUCAACAUCCAUCAUUUUAAGAAUAUACACGUGCUAGCAUUGUGCAUAUCUUUUUCUUACAAAUCACAAGAUCAUGAAAAAGAAAUACUUCUUCCUUAAAAAUGUUUUAUUUAUGAUGUAAGACUCUCCCCUAUUGCUUGGUUAAUCCUGUUUACUGUGUGUGCAUCGCUUAACAAUGGCAUGGCACAACAUGUUAUGACUUGAUUUUUUUGUUUUAUGGUCAAAAUGUUUGUUUUCACUCUGGUAUUAAACAGCUUUAAAGGUGAGAUUGACAAGGGUUCAUAGAGAUAGAGUUGGUUUAAUUGAUAAAAGCCUGUUUUGUUGUUUGAACAGACAGUAUGUGCUCUCCUUGUUCCUAUGAAUAAAGUUUGUUUUCAAACUU